CGCACUGCGUCGAGAGCGCGCACGUAGGCGUCGCGUGCCCGCGCUCUAGGUGCUCUGGUCCGGGAGACUGUGGUGCCGCCGGAAGGCGUCGUCCCCGAGCCCGCCAUGUCGUACAUGCUCCCGCACCUGCACAACGGCUGGCAGGUGGACCAGGCCAUCCUGUCGGAGGAGGACCGCGUGGUCGUUAUUCGCUUCGGACACGACUGGGACCCCACGUGUAUGAAGAUGGACGAGGUGCUGUACAGCAUCGCGGAGAAGGUUAAAAAUUUUGCAGUCAUUUAUCUUGUGGACAUCACAGAAGUGCCUGACUUCAACAAGAUGUACGAGCUGUACGACCCCUGCACGGUCAUGUUUUUCUUCAGGAACAAGCAUAUAAUGAUCGACUUGGGCACCGGCAACAACAACAAGAUCAACUGGGCCAUGGAGGACAAGCAGGAGAUGGUGGACAUCAUCGAGACUGUGUACCGUGGUGCCCGCAAGGGCCGUGGCCUGGUUGUGUCUCCCAAGGACUACUCCACCAAGUACCGGUACUGAGGCCUCGGCGAAGCCGUGGGGCCGUCCCCGUGCGGGGAUGUUGCAGAGCGCCUCAGGCCUUGGGAGACAGCCACGCCUGAGGCCCGGAGCUCUUUGCAGUGCGACUGCCCAGCCAACCGUGGAGUUGGACGCAGGAGGCGGCCGUCCUGCUCUGCGUGCUUAGCCGUCUGCGGAAGGCACUGUUGUGUCUUCUGCCUGGCUCCUGGUGGCUGCUGGUGCUCGGCCCCAGGCCCUGCCUUCUUCUGCGCGCCUCCGUAAAGACUCAGGCAUGAUGGGCGGUGGCCCACCUGCCUCGGCACGAGCUCCCGUCACUGACUGUGUCUGCACUGACCCUGUUGCUGGCGGGGCUGCGGUGUGUGGUCCUGAGGCUCGUCCAGAAUGCUGCUCUCCCCACAGGGGCUGGCCGCGCUGUCCUCACUGCCUCAGGCACACUGUCCUGUCCCGGGGUGAAGUCCCUUUCCGGGCAGGCGUUGGGCCCAGCAGGCUAAGGCACCACUCGCAGCACUCGAGCCCUGGCUACGCUGCAUCUGGUCAGCUUCUGCUAGUGCACUUGGGCAGGCAGUGGAUGGCUCAGGUGUUGGGGCCCCUGCCACCCGUGUGGGAGGCCCAGACAGAGUCCCUGGUUCCUGCCCCAGCUGGUGUGGGCGUUUGAGGAGUGAACCAGCGGACAGGAGAUCCCCAUCUCUAUCCCUCCCUCCCUCUCUGCCUUUCACAUAAAUAUAUAAAUCUUAAAUAGAAAAAGGUGUCCUUCCUCAGCCUGUUUCUCUUCCACGAUGUGCAUUCACGCUGACACGAGAGGGCGUGCGCACCCUGGUGCCCCGCGGCCUCUGUCUGGCUUCAGACCCAGGCUCUUCUGACUGGGCAUUGCCUUGGCUGCUUUCUGCACACGCGUGUUAACACAGGAAGCAGUGCCUCGGUAAGUAGUACCUUGUAAACGUGUCAACACCUGUGAGGCUGUGCUUGUGGGUACAUAUGUAGUGCUGUUGUUAGGGUGAGAGUGUUAAAACAUAAGGAAUGCAGGCCGGCGCCGUGGCUCAACAGGCUAAUCCUCCGCCUAGCGGUGCCGGCACACCAGGUUCUAGUCCCGGUCAGGGCGCCGGAUUCUGUUCCGAUUGCCCCUCUUCCAGGCCAGCUCUCUGCUGUGGCCCGGGAGUGCAGUGGAGGAUGGCCCAAGUCCUUGGGCCCUGCUCCCCAUGGGAGACCAGGAGAAGCACCUGGCUCCUGCCUUCAGAUCAGCGUGGUGUGCCGGCCGCAGCACACUAGCUGCGGCGUCCACUGGAGGGUGAACCAACGGCAAAGGAAGACCUUUCUCCCUGUCUCUCUCUCUCACUGUCCACUCUGCCUGUCAAAAAUAAUAAUAAUAAAAAAAAACAUAAGGAAUGCUUAAUGAGAAAUUUUGUACAUACCAAUGUGCAAGCCUGUAGUUUACUCUCGUUCAUUUUUCUGUACAAUGAGGAGUAUAGGCCCUUGCAUGGUGUCACAGCCACCAGGGUGAGGGUUGCUGGGAACAUGGAGGAAUCGGGGCCUUGCUGCCCUGCUGGGGGGGCUGUAGGAUGGUCAGACGGGGCCUCAGACCUGGUGCUGCCGCCGGGCCCUAGGUGGGGAGCCCAGAGAACUGAGCACCUGAGUCCACACAGCUGUGCUAAGGAGACUGUCCACUGGCGGUUUAAUCGUACUGUUGGAUGUUACCGAUCCUCGUUAGGAGAAUUGGACGAACCCUGAGACCACCCCGCUGUGGGAAGAUGGAGAGCCUGUGAGCUCAGGGUUGCCCAAGCCGGAAGAGACGGGUGGGUGUGCGGCUGUGUGGGGACCGCUGAACUGUCCAUGGGAGGUUCCCAGGGGGUGUGGGUCACGUGUUGUUAGUGUGGCUUCCAUGUCUAGGUUUCUUGUGGACAUGUCACUGGGUGAGCACCAUGGAUGGGCAUUGUAAGUAACAGGGUUCUUCCCAGUUCUGGGGUCUGGAAGUGCCAGGCCGAGGUUCCGGCUGGUGAGGUGUCUGGUGAGGGUGUGGGCGCCUCUGCACAGCCCCACUGUUGUCCGGGCCUGUUGUCCUAUGAGCUCAGGGCCCCAACCCACAACCACAUUGAGCCUUAGUCACCUCUGCAGAGGCCCCCCCAAAAGUAGGUUGGGCUGUGCAUGGCUGCUCCGCCCAGGGCUCAGACGUGAGCCAUGUCUUCACAUGCUACCUUGCUUUGGCUUGAAAGCAAGCAAAUCGCAAGUCAGUGCCACAGAUCCUUAUAACACUACCGGGUAGACGCUUGGCAGAGACAGAGGCUACAGCUCAGAUGGCCCCAAGUUUAAGUAGCAGCAGAGGGUGUGCACUUGAGCGCUGACCUGAUGGCUGCCCUUCCCUCAUCUGCUCCCCGUUGCUUCGGGGCUCUGGGAAGGAGCUGACGGGGCUGUAAGCCUGGGUUACAGACGGUAGGAACUCGGGUUCUGGAGACAGGCGUGCACACACAAGGAGGUGGGCACGAGCGUGUGUGGCAGCAUUGUUUGGAAACAAGUAGUCAAAUAGAAAAUAGAUCUGAUUCAAACGACUGCUGCUCAGCCGUGAGUGAGUGAGAGCCACAGCUAUGGACAGGGGAACCUGGGGAACAGAUGUGAAACCACGCGUCCACAGGGGGCUGCCUUUUUCUGGUUGCACCAGUGGAGCCCUUGGCUACCAUCCACACACACCCCAAGGAACCAUACCCAGGGCCAAGAUGCACUCUCUGGGUUUCUUAUCAAAAUGUAGGCGCAAAUUUGGAAAGAAAAAUAGAAUGAGUACAUGAGGACCUGCCUCUGUGUGAAUGCCAUUUUAAAAACUUCAGGGUGGGUGCUGUGGCACGGUGGGCUAAGCCUCUGCCUUCAGUGCCAGCAUCCCAUAUGGGUGGCAGUUUGUGUCCCGGCUGCUCCUCUUCCGAUCCAGCUCUCAGCUGUGGCCUGGGAAAGCAGUAGAAGAUGGCCCAAGUCCUUGCCCCCUGCACCCACGAAGGAGACCCGGAAGAAGCUCCUGGCUCCUGGCUUCAGAUUGGUGCAGCUCUGGCUGUUGCGGCCAUUUGGGGAGUGAACCAGCGGAUGGAAGACCUCCCUCUCUCUCUCUGUAACUUUACCUCUCAAAUAAAGAAGUAAAUAAAAUCUUUAUUUAAAAAAACUUCUACAUGACUUUUAUUAACAGCUUUGAGAAUGCAUCUCCCCCUAGCAUUCUUUUUUCUAAGUUUUUACGGUGUAUUAAUCCCCACGAGAAGAUCACGUGAUCACUGUAGAUCCACUGCAGAAUCUACUCCGCUGUUCUCCAAUCUUCAGCUCACUUUUUUUUUUUUUUAAGGUUUAUUUGAAAGAAUCACAAAAAAAAGAGAGAGAUCUUCCAUCUGCUGGGUCACUCCCCAGGUGGCCUGGCCAGGGCAAGGCUGAAGCCAGGAACUCCAUCUGGGUCUCCCACGUAGGUCAUGGGCCCACUGCUUUUCCACGCAUAGAGCUGGAUCAGAAGUGCAUCAGGACACAAACCAGUGCUCACAGGGGAUACUGGUGCUGGGCGGCUUGACCCACUAUGCCACAGUGCUGGCUCCUUCAGCUCACUUUUUAAAGAAAUAUGAAAGGCAGACUGACAGAGAAGGGGAGACAGACAUCUUCCAUCUGCUGGUUCACUCUCCAAAGGGGCUGCAACUGCUGGGUCUCCACCCAGGUCUCCCACCCGAGUGGCAGAGGUCCAAGUACUCGGGCCAUCAGCUGCUGCUUUUUCAGGUGCAUUAGCAAGGAACUGGAUUGCAAGUGGAGCAGCUGAGACUGGAUCCCGGCACUGCAGACGGCGGCUCACCUGCUGUGCCACAGCAUGGCCCCUCCAGUUCACUCUCCGCCAGCACCUGUGGGCCUUGGCAGCCUCCUGGGCCUCCCUCCUGUUCUUGCUCCUUGCUGUUUCCUCGGAGUCUUCUCACAAAGGCCAUGUCUUGCAAGUCUGUGUUGGAUUCAUUUGUCUUUGCAUAAUCCUUGGAGUCGUAAAUCAUGCCAAAGCCACUUGUCUUGCCAUCACCGAGAUAAGUUCUGAAUCCAGAUACAGGUGAUAUCGGUGUGGGCUGUGCAUUGGCUCCGUUGCCAUAGUUUCUGUCUUGGGCACUGUUGCUGUCCCAGGGUGGAGGACAUGGGUGGCUGUUUCCUCUGAAGUCACUAGCUGGCCAUGAACUUCCUGUGUCACUCAUGAUGGCGGUCAUGACCCUGGAAUUCUUUUGUGGCACUUUUAUGAUUAUCAUCAAAAGUGAAAGGAACAUGAACAGUUUCCUGAUGAGGCUCCCCUUGGACAGUCGGCAGGAGCACUGUGAAGGCUUCCAACUGUCUUCCACAGCCACUGUGUUGGCUCCUGUCUUCUCUUUGGCCACAGCUUCAACGUCUGCCCCAAGCAAGAGGCAUGUGAACGAGGGCAGAGCGUUUUGAAACCCUGAAAGUCAUUCACAGAUUCCCAACAGCAGAGAGAGUGCCAUGAGACCAGAGAACUCAUGUCUGACCCGCCCAGAACACAGGGAGCUGGUCCCAAGGCAGGACUCGGAGGUGGGUGGGGCUGCAGGGGGCGAGCGCCGGAGGAAGGAUUUUGUUCUGAAAGGUCUUGUGGGCCAGGCGCAGAAGGGGUUUGGAGGGACUGAAAGAUCAGGGGAGCUCAGAGUCUGGGAGUGUGUCCGUGUUAACCGUGGCCGCGCUUGCGCACGGAGUGUGUCCGUGUUAACCGUGGCCGCGCUUGCGCACGGAGUGUGUCCGUGUUUGCAUGUUGAGUGGUGUGCAGUGCUCUGACACAGGAAGUCAGGUGUGUGUUUAGUUAAACUGGAGAACCGGCAACCUCAGGGAGCUGUGCUCACCUUACUACUAGGGUUUGUGUUUCCAUAGUUUCAUUGCCUUGUGCUAAAUGAGGCUUAAAUCACAGGUAUAUGAA